AUGUGGACCGCGCUCCGGAGCGGCGCCGAGCGGACCUCGCCGCGGGGCAGCAGGGGUCGCGUUUGUGCCCUGAGCCUGGGGGUAGCCUCGCUGCUCCUGCUCGGCUUCCUCAUCGGCUGGUUUACAAAACCAACUGAUGAGGUAACAGCCACUAUUUCUCAUGAGAAGGUGAAGAAGGCAUUUAUGGCUGAAAUGAAAGCUGAAAACAUUAAGCAGUUUCUAUAUAAUUUUACACAGCGUCCUCACCUCGCAGGCACAGCUGAGAACCUGCGCCUUGCACAGCAAAUCCAAGCCCAGUGGAAGGAAUUUGGAUUGGAUUCGGUUGAGCUGGUUCACUAUGACGUCCUGUUGUCCUACCCUAAUGAAACGAAUCCCAACUACAUCUCAAUUAUUGAUGAGCAUGGAAAUGAGAUCUUCAAUACAUCAUUAUUUGAGCCUCCCCCUCCAGGAUAUGAGACUGUUACAGAUGUUGUGCCACCAUACAGUGCCUUCUCAGCCCAAGGGGUACCAGAGGGUGAGUUGGUGUACGUCAACUAUGGCCGUACUGAAGACUUUUUCAAACUGGAGAGAGAGAUGGGAAUUAACUGUACUGGAAAGAUUGUCAUUGCCAGAUAUGGGAAAAGCUUCAGAGGAAAUAAGGUGAAGAAUGCUGAGCUGGUUGGUGCCAAGGGAGUUAUUCUGUAUUCAGACCCUGCUGACUACUGUGCCCCUGGAGUAGAUUCCUUUCCAAAUGGCUGGAACCUUCCUGGAGGUGGAGCCCAGCGCGGGAAUGUGUUAAAUCUGAAUGGGGCAGGGGAUCCUCUCACGCCAGGUUAUCCAGCAAAAGAGUACACCUAUCGAUAUGAAGAAGCCAGGGCUGUAGGUCUUCCGAAACUUCCAGUCCAUCCCAUUGGUUACAAUGAUGCUGAAAAGUUAUUACGUAACAUGGGAGGACCUGCCCCACCAGACAGCAGCUGGAAAGGAAGCCUGAAUGUGUCUUACAACAUUGGUCCUGGUUUCAUGAGCCGUUACUCUACAAGAAAGGUCAAAAUGCACAUUCACAGUAGCAAUAAAGUGACAAGAAUUUACAACGUGAUCGGUACCAUCAGAGGAGCAACAGAACCAGACAGAUACGUCAUCCUGGGAGGCCACCGUGACUCCUGGGUCUUUGGUGGAAUUGAUCCUCAGAGCGGGGCAGCUGUGGUUCAUGAGAUUGUGAGAAGUUAUGGGAAAUUGAAGAAGGAAGGAUGGAGGCCCAGAAGAACAAUGAUAUUUGCAAGCUGGGAUGCGGAGGAAUUUGGCUUGCUAGGAUCUACAGAGUGGGCUGAGGAAAAUGCCAAACUAUUACAAGCACGUGGGGUGGCCUAUAUCAAUGCCGAUUCCUCAGUUGAAGGAAACUACACUCUGAGAAUUGAUUGUACUCCGCUGAUGUACAGCCUGGUGUACAGCUUGACCAAAGAGAUACCAAGCCCAGAUGAGGGGUUUAAAGGCAAAUCACUUUAUGAGAGCUGGUAUGAAAAAAACCCAUCUACAGAAUAUAAAGAUGUCCCCAGAAUAAAUAAGCUGGGUUCUGGCAAUGACUUUGAAGUCUUUUUUCAGCGGCUUGGCAUUGCUUCAGGCAGAGCACGUUACAGCAAAAACUGGAGAGUGGAAAAAUACAGUAGCUACCCAGUUUACCACAGUGUCUAUGACACCUAUGAGAUCGUGGAGAGAUUUUAUGAUCCGACUUUUAAGAAUCACCUGACAGUGGCACAGGUACGAGGAGGGCUGGUAUUUGAACUGGCCAACUCUGUGGUCCUUCCCUUUGACUGCAGAGAUUACGCAGAGGCUUUAAGGAACUAUGCUCAAGUCAUCUAUAAUUUGUCAAAGAAUCAUCAAAUGGAACUGACAACGUACAGCGUGUCGUUUGACUCUCUCUUUUCUGCUGCAAAGAAUUUUACAGAAGCUGCCACUGACUUUCACAGGAGACUGCAGCAAGUAGACAUCAAUAACCCAAUCGCUGUAAGAUCAUUGAAUGAUCAGCUCAUGUUUUUAGAAAGGGCUUUUAUUGAUCCUCUUGGUUUACCUGGCAGGCCAUUCUACAGGCACAUUAUUUUUGCUCCGAGCAGCCACAACAAGUACGCUGGAGAGUCAUUCCCAGGGAUCUACGAUGCCAUGUUCGAUAUAGAAAACAAAGCGGAUCAGCGCAAAGCCUGGGAAGAAGUAAAGAGGCAGAUCUCCAUUGCAGUCUUCACCGUGCAGGCUGCAGCAGGGACUCUGAAGGACCUCGCAUAA